AUUUUGAGGACCAGGCUGGCGCGACUGCCCUACUGCCGGAUGGCAAACCGGGAUCUCGGCUUCGAGAGGCUCAGCAGGCGACAGUGCGCGGAGACUAGGGGGACCCGGAGACUCGGCGGGCCUCACCGCACUUCCCUGAGGGUGGCGGCGCUGUGGCGAGCGACUGACAGGCGCCGCAAAAGGCAGCCCUGUGCUAGAGGUCCCAGUCACUAUGGAGGACCUGCACCCUGAAGAGAACAUGGAUCAGCGGGAUUCUCCCAAGGAGAGGAGUCCCCAAAGUCCAGGAGGAAACAUCUGCCACCUGGGGGCCCCGAAGUGCACCCGCUGCCUCAUCACCUUCGCAGAUGCCAAGUUCCAGGAGCGUCACAUGAAGCGGGAACACCCAGCGGACUUCGUGGCCCAGAAGCUACAGGGGGCCCUCUUCAUCUGCUUCACCUGUGCUCGCUCCUUCCCCUCCUCCAAGGCCCUGAUCACCCACCAACGCAGUCAUGGUCCGGCCACCAGGCCCUCGCCGCCGGGUGCAUCCACUGCUGCCCAGCCCUCCUUCCCUUGCCCUGACUGUGGCAAGACCUUUGGGCUGGCUGCUUCUCUGAGGCGGCACCGCCAGGUGCAUGAAGCCAGCAUCCUUCCUGGCCCCUUUGCCUGCACAGAAUGUGGCCAGGACUUUGCCCAGGAAGCGGGGCUGCAUCAACACUACAUUCGGCAUGCCAGGGGGGAGCUCUGAGGGUAGCUGAAGUCCUCUCCACUCGAUGGUGACUCUGUGGC